AUGGGCCUCGGCUUGCGGAAGGCGCGCUUCUUCGACAGCUGCCUCAGGGCAGACAGGUCGGUGGAGUUCCCCAGGCGUGUGCGAGCCUUAUCACCUGUGACCACUCGGGAGUCGAAGCUGGCUGCCGUGGCCGCGAAGGUUCAGGAGGUCCGGCUGCCGGGCUCGCCGCGGCUUCCCGAGCCGGUGCAGCCCACCAGGAUAACGACGAACAACGAUCCGCAGGAUUGGAUAGGGAAGUCCAUAACGCUCUUGGACGGCCUGACGGAGGUGCAGGCGCCCUUGAAGCAGUUGGACAGGCACGACAGAGCAAUGCAGGACUUGGUGAACCAGUGUCGCCGAGUUAGGCUGCAUCCGGCCACCACCGGCAUCGUCCGUGCGCAGGGCGAGGAGAAGCUGCAACUAGAGUACGGCUUUCUGACGGAUGAGCGCGCCGAAGCCAUGAAUGACACCCUCAAGGCAUCAUCGGCAGACGUGCGUGAGGCACGCUUCCGCGCCAACGGUCUCAGCGACUUCGGUGCUGGGCAGCUCUUGGAGGCCCUGCCCUCCGAGUUGGAGAGCGUGGACCUCUCGCAGAACGAUUUGGAUCAUGGCACAGGCUGGUGCCGAUCGUUCCGACGGUUGAACAAGCUGCGGAGCCUGACCCUGUCUGACUGUCAGAUCACGGACAACACCUGCCUGGAGCUCCUCAACGACCUGGUCCGCUGCAGAUCACUCACGAGGAUCGACAUCAGCUGCAAUGCGAUCAGCGUCGGCGCUGCAUUUCAGCCUCUGCUGAAGCGCUUCAACUAUCUUGAGGAGUUGGAUCUCCACUGGAAUCACUUCACCGGCGAGGGAGCUGUGGCUCUCAUUCAGGGCCUCAUGGACAAUGAGAAGAGUGGUGGGAGGCUGCGCUACGUGAAUCUGUCCUGGAACCCGCUGGGCAAGUCCGGUGCAGAGGAGACCUGCCAGAUGCUGGUGAAAUACUUCCGGGAGACUACGGUGCUCAGGCACCUGGACAUCUCGCGCUGCGAUCUCUCCCUGGCUUGCUGCCGUCACCUCGCCGAAGGGCUCAAGGAAAACCGCAGCAUCGUCGGAUUCCACGUCAGUGGCAACGAGGCCACAGUUGAUGCGCAAGGGUUUCUUGCUUGGGACUCAGUGGGUGGAUGCAUGGGCUCAUUCCACUUGCACUCCACCCGAGCCUGUUCUGAAAUUUUGACCCAAGCUGAUCCAAAGGCUUUGCAAAUGGCAGCACAAAGGUAUGAAAAGGUUCUCGAAUGA